CACCAUGCCAAACUACAAACUCACUUAUUUUAAUAUGAGGGGGAGAGCAGAAAUUAUUCGUUAUAUAUUUGCAUAUUUGGACAUAAAGUAUGAAGACCACAGAAUAGAACAAUCUGAUUGGCCUGAAAUCAAGUCAACUCUUCCAUUUGGCAAAGUUCCCGUUUUGGAAGUCGAUGGAUUGAACCUUCACCAGAGCCUAGCAAUAGCAAGAUAUCUGACCAAAAAUACAGAUUUGGCUGGAAAAACAGAAUUGCAACAAUGUCAAGUUGAUGCAGUCGUGGACACACUGGACGAUUUCAUGUCUCGUUUUCCUUGGGCAGAGAGAAAACAAGAUAUAAAAGAUCAGAUGUUUAAGGAGCUACUCACAUGUGAUGCAUCUCAUCUUCUGCAAGAUUUAGACACAUACUUAGGGGAAAAAGAGUGGUUUAUUGGUAACUCUGUAACUUGGGCAGAUUUCUACUGGGAAAUUUGCAGUACCACACUUUUGGUCUUUAAACCUGAUUUGUUGGACAACCAUCCCAGGCUGGUGACAUUACGUAAGAAAGUCCAAAGCAUUCCUGCCAUAGCCAACUGGAUAAUGAGAAGGCCCCAAACCAAACUCUAGGUGAUGCCUGCUGCCUCCAAACUUCGUUAUUCUUCACAGCAUCACUCUCGUCAGAUAUGAAGCUACAUCAGCGUGCUGCAUAACCUGCACACUCCCCUCCCCAGCUCCAUCAAGACUUGCACUUCUGCCAUAUUCUGCUUAUCAAGAAAAAAAAGGAAAA